GAUUCAUGUUUUAGAAUGUUAAUAUGUGGAUCUUCUGGAUCUGGAAAAACAAAUACAUUAAUGCAUAUACUUCGAAAACCUCUUAUAUAUUAUGAUAAAUUAUACUUAUAUGCUAAAAACCUAGAACAAUCUAAAUAUCAGGAUUUAAUAAAUCACUUAAAUGAAAUUGCAAAAAAAAAUUAAAGUAGAUCCAAAUGAAAUACUUGAAUAUUCAGCUGAUCCCGACCAAAUUGAACCUUGUGAGAAUCUUGAAUCAGAAAAACAAAAAGUAGUAAUAUUUGAUGAUUUUGUAUGUGAAGAUAAAAAAGUUCAAAAUGAAAUAACAAAAUACUUUAUUCAAGGACGUCACAAAAACUGUUGUGUUAUUUAUUUAAGUCAGUCUUACUAUAAAACACCAAAAGAUAUUCGAAUUAACUGUUCACAUUAUAUUUUAUUUGAAAGUCCAGGUAAAAUGGAAAAUAAUAGGAUUUGUGAUGAACAAAAUAUAGAUCGUGAUACUUUUGCUAAUGCAACAAAUCAAAAAUAUGAUUUCUUAUAUAUUGACAAACCAAGGAAGUUUUUAAGAAAAAACUUUACUGGUAAUAUAUAAUAAUUAUAUAAUGGGAGUUUUUAAUGAUGUAAAACAAAUUAAUCAACCUGACAGUAUAAGUAAAGUUAAAUUUGAUAUUGAUUUAAGUGAUUAUGCUAUUAAAAAACAAUUCAAAAAGCUUAAAAAGGAAACGGAAUCGUAUCUUCACAGAAAUAAGGAACUUGAUAACACAAUGAACAGAGCAUUAGAUAUGGGAGGUAAUGAAAUAAUCAACCUAGGAAAUCCAGAUAAACCCAACGAUGCAGUUUCAAGACGAUUUAUGUUUAAAAAAGUUCAAAGUGUAAUAGAUGACUAUAAUCUUGAAGAUAUCAAAUCUAUAAAACAAACACUAGAAGUAGAAGUAAAGAAUAUUGAAGAAUUAACAAAAGAUUUUAAAAAGAAUUCAUUAUUAAUUAAUCAAUUACAAGGUAAAAUUGAAGAAGAAAUGAAAGCUAUGGUUGAUUCUAUUAAAGAACUUGAAGAGAAAUCUGAUUUGACAGAUGACAACAUAAAAGAAGUAUUUCGAGUUAAUUUAAACAUUUUAUUCACUCAAGUUCAAGAAUUAAAAGAUAGUAUGAUUAAACAUGAAGAACUAAAAGACAAGAUUAUUGAAGCUGAGAAAAAGUUACAAAAUAUGUAUCAGUUAGAAAUCAGAACAGAAAUAAAUAAACUAAAUACUGAAAUGGCAAAAGGGAAUCAAGAUUUACUCGAUACAUUUUCAAAUAAAUUUGCAGAAUAUAAAUCUGAAUUGGAAAAGGCAGCUUCACAAAGAGGUGAUGAUCAUGAUACAGCAUUAGAUAACCUUAAAAAAGAAAUUAAUUCUAAAAUAGAUGACUUUAAAAAACAAAUUCGAAAUUGGAUUAGUAUUGUUGACAACCGUCACAAUUUAAAAUAUGCAGAAUUAAGUAAUAUUACAAAAAAAAUACAAGAAGAUAUUAAUGAAUUUAAUGAUAAAAUUAAAAAAAUAAUAAAUGAUCUGGACUCUGUAGUUGAAAAAUCAGCUAAACAAGAAGAAGCAAUUAAGAUAAUUAAUGAUCAAAUUAAAAAAAUAAUAAAUGAUUUGGACUCUGUAGUUAAAAUAUCAGCUAAACAAGGAGAAUCAAUCACUGCUAAUACCCAAGUAAUUACUGCUAAUACUAAAGCAAUAACCGCUAAUGUCGAAGAAAUUACCACUAAUACCCAAGAAAUUACAAAAGUAAAAAAUGUUUUCUUAAAACAAGAAACACAAUUAGCUAGAACAAAGGCUACUGUUGACAAUUUAUCUGCUUCUGAAGUUGCUACAACAAAACGAGUUGAUGAUUUAGCUGAAAUAAUUCUUAAACUUAAAAAGAAAGACAGGAAAAUAGAAAAAAGGGUAGAGGAAGUGAGACAUGAAGCGUUUCUCUUUGAAUACUAUUAUAAUCAUACUUUUGAUUACAUACAAAUGAAAAAGUAUUUUGACCGUCGUGGUGCCUGGAUACAUUCAACAUAUAAAAAUAUGGCCGAUCUGAACUAUUUAAAUAUAUUUGAAAUAAGGCCUGGAAUUAUCGUAGAUUAUAAAGAUUUUAUAAACACAAACCAAGAAUAUAAAAUAGAUGUACUAGAUAUGCUUUUGAGUGGUGUGUUUAUAGUCAGAAAAACCGGAACUUAUAUAAUAGAUAUUAAGAUUUUAUUAAAGGGUGCAAGCUCCCCGGGUGAACCGUAUAAACCGACUAAAAGCCCAAUAUCACAUUUUAUAUUUAGGUGGCGAAAUAAUAGGCCUCAGGAUGAUGUUUUACUUUUUGGUAUAUUUGAUAAUGUAAAUAUAACAGCUGAGGCAGCUGAGGACUUUGAUACUGAUAAGUUAAUAUCUAUGUAUAAGAAAAAAAUUAAAAUUUAUCUAAAACAAGGAACAAUGUUUGAUAUUCACCCGUAUGACGAUUCAGCAUUUACAGAAUUAACAUUUAUGCUUUUGAUGGGCAGUUACAUCAAAUUCUACAUAUCAGAUGAACCUGUAUCCUAUGAUAGAAACAGCCUUUUGGAUUAAAGGUUUAAUUACUAUGUGUACCCUAAUAAUAUACUUACUAAUUGAAAAUAAGAUCAAAUAUGUUGUAUAAACAACUCCUCGAUAUAUGUUUAUCUUAAAAGGAAUGCAAUAAAUCGUCUGUUUAACUUAUAAUAUUGAUUGUAAACACACCGUGUGUCACCAAAUUACAAAGCUAUAAUCUAUACGUUUAAUGGUUUUAAAAAUUUUUAUGAAUUACAGCGUAAUUCUCAAUAAACUGUUUCAACAAAAACUGACACAUAUGUCGUCUGCGAAACGUUCUAUACUAAGGUCAUUAAGUGCAGACGGAUUACAGCGUAAUUCUCAAUAAACUGUUUCAACAAAAACUAUUUAUCAACACCGGUGUCAUUUUCAAGUUUAUCAAUAUCAACAACUUUAAACAAAUAUUGGUUUAAUGCACCGGUGCCGCUUUAUUGAUUAUUGCAAAUAACAGCUAAUAAAAGGAAUGUGAUAAUGAAUCGUCUGUUUAACUGCGGUAUAAUAGUUAGUAUAUAAAUAAGAAAUUCGGAAGUAAUAUUACAGGAGUUGUGGUACAGACGGCUACUCGGGAGCUGAAAGUUUAUCAAAUGAAUAUACUGGUCAGAAGAAAUGCACUGGCGAAGCAGUAGUGAUGAAUCGUGUAAACUACGAUACAAAUUUUGAAGUUGCUGAUGUUGCUGAUACAGAGAGGAGAAGUUAUAAUUAUGAUGUCAAAGAGAGGAUGAAGCGUAGCAGCACAGACGAUACCGACAGCAGCAAUUCUCAAAACACGGAAAGUGAAAGCACGGAAAAUACUGAAAACACGGAAAGUACCAACAACAACAACAGUACCAACAGCAAAGACAGUACCAACAGUGCCGAAAGUACCGGAAGCACGACAGAUUAGAAAUGAAGCCUGUAACUGCAGAAAUAAAGACUAAGAUGAAGAAGCAAAACAAAACCAAACUUUUUUUCUAUGUUAAACUGCCCCUGUUAUUGAUCAACAUCAUUUCAUGUUUCAUGUUAAUUAUUAGUUGUUUUUUCCUGUAAUAAAUGGCGCAAAACAAAAAACA